CGUUGCACACGGAGGACACUGAACCCUGACCAGGACGAGACCCUCUUCUGCUUUCCAGGAGCGAAACCUCUUCUGAAUUUGCCUGACCUCCUCUCCAGCCUGAGACCAUGGACACAACUGCACUGGUGACUUUUCUGGCUCUGGUUGUGGCAAUGGCUGGCGUCAGUCAAGCUAUUCACAUCCAAGGCGGACUGGACCAAACCGAAAUUCUGCCUGGCAGCUCAGAGGAGAACAUGGCCGACCGCCUGCUGGGGCUGGAAAGUGAAAACAAAGGCAACAGCAUUGAAGAUCAUCUGCUGGGCUUCGUGUUGAGAGCUCUGCUCCUUGGAUCCCAGAGAGAAACCAGGAACUCUGUUCUCCAUCAGCCGCAGAGAUUUGGCCGCGGCUCCAGAGGGCCUGUAGUAUCAGAGGAUCAGAUUCAUUCCCGGGACUGGGAGGAUGCCCCCGGACAGAUCUGGAGUAUGGCUGUGCCCCAGAGAUUUGGCAAGAAAUAAUCAGGCCUAGCUGCCUUGGUACGAGGCCAAGCCGAGGGCUCGGGUGGAGAGACUAAAUCUGAAUGAAUAAAUCUGAAUUGCAUUAAAAGCCAUUCUUUUCCACCCUGUUCCAGCCCAUUAGGUUAGGUGAGCCGACACCUGGUGUUCAGCUGAAGAUGAGACAAGCUUCAUCAACAAGCUCAUUUUUUUGUCUUCUAGUGCCAUCAAGGACCAAAAGUGUUUGUUGUAAACUGAUCGUUGCAGUUUUUUGUUAUUCUUCACUUCACUGGUUAAAUAAAAGAGCUUUAAACUUGGAAAAGCUAAA